UCUUCCUUUGUCCCCCUGCAAAACCCCACACCACCACCGCAUUUCUUCAGGCUCCUGUCCCCGCCGCCGCCGUCGCCGUCCGGUCCUCUCUGGCAGAACCCCUCCUUCCUCUCGCCAUGGGUCCAGGCCUCUACUCCGACAUCGGCAAGAAGGCCAGGGAUCUCCUGAGCAAGGACUUCCAUACGGACCAGAAGUUUAUCCUCACUACCUACAGCUCCAAUGGAACCGUGAUAACAGCUUCGAGCACAAAGAAAAAUGAGUCCAUCUUUAGUGAGAUCCAGGCCCAGCUGAAGCAGAAGAAUGUCACGGUGGAUGUGAAAGCAAAUUCAGACUCUCUGCUCUUAACUACAGUCACAGUUGAGGAACUUGGGGUACCAGGCUUGAAAAAGACAAUGACCAUUCCUUUUCCACAUCGAGGCUUUGGGAAGUUUGAAAUCCAGUACUUGCAUGAUUAUGCUGGUAUCAGCGCCAGUGCUGGCAUGAACGCAAAACCUUUGGUUAAUCUUUCUGCUGUAUUUGGCAACAAAGCUAUUGCUGCCGGUGCUGAUGUUGCAUAUGAUACUGCUACUCGGGAUUUCACCAAGUACAAUGCUGGGUUGAGUUUCACCAAUGCAGAUCUCAUUGCUGCUGUGACCUUGAACAACAAAGGGGAGAGCCUCACUGCGUCAUACUACCACAUUGUGAACACAGAGAAGAACACAGCUGUUGGUGCGGAGGUGACCCACAACUUCUCAACCAAGGGGAGCACAGUCACCUUUGGGACGCAGCACGCCCUGGACCCUACCACCACUGUGAAGGCGCGCUACAGCAGCAAUGGAAUGGCCAGCGCCCUCAUCCAGCACGAGUGGAGACCCAAGUCAUUCUUCACCCUAUCCACCGAGGUUGACAUCGACGCGUCUGGUGUCAAGAAGUCCCCGAAGGUUGGGCUGUCACUGGUUCUCAAGCCCUGAUGAUGAUGUCGAUCUCUUUGGUCCUAGGACAGUUAGGUUCCCGUAUCAGUACUUGAGGUCGAGUGAAAUAAUUCUGAACCUCAGUUCUCUUUCGCCAACUUGGUGUCAUCCUGAAAUUUCAUAGUCUCCCUAGCUGGUUUUAGAUGCUGAGAACUGAAUCAGCAAACGAGAAUAUCACUUCGUUGGCAUCUUGGAGAAUAUCACUUCGUUGGCAUCUUGUCUAAAGCUUGGUAUCUUCACCUUCACAGUUA